ACAUUGUUGUUGUGUGGUUGUCGUAUAGAAAGUAUUCCAGAAAGCUUCUUCGAUGAUACGAAUGAGCUCAAGACUCUUGAUCUUUCCUCCAAUCCUAUCAAGAGUCUUCCGCAUUCCUUAUCAAAUUUGAAGAACCUCACUUCAUUGUUGCUUGCUUAUUGUGAAGAUUUAGGGAGUGUUCCAUCGUCGUUAAAUCUUGGAGUUUUAAAGAAGUUGAAUCUUCGAGGAACAAAGAUCAAGGAAAUCCCGAAUGGAGUACUUUCAAGAUUCUGUUGUCUUCAUGAAUUGAUCGUAGGUGGAACUCUGAUAAAUGGAAAGGAGGUGGGUGGAUUGAAGAAACUGCAGGGAACUCUUGAAGGGAGGUUUUAUGACUGGCACAACUUAAAUAUGUAUCUCGAAGCUUGUCGUGGCCGAGAAGAGCCUCGUGAAUACAUGAUCUACGUGGGAGAUGCAAACUUUUAUACGUUUUCUGAAUAUAACUACCAGAUUGUGCUUCCACGUGACAUUGAGGGAUUGGUUAUUGAGGAAUGCAAUGUUGAUUGCAGUGAAGAAUACCCGCUUUUCUCCAGGUUUAUCCGCUUCUCACUUUCCUUUUCAUCUCUUACAACUCUUCAUUUGUUUGAUUGUGGGAAUAUGAAAAAGUGUUCUCCCCAAACUGUGUGCCGCCAAAUUUACAAGAGCUCAGUGUUGUUGGGUGUAAGCAAUUGGAGGAAAUAA